AUGCCUACCGCCAUCGUCACCGGCGCGACUGGAAUCCUCGGUCGAGAAAUCGUCGCCGCCCUGGGCAAGGACCCCAAAUGGACCAAGAUCCACGCUCUCUCGCGCAAACAGACAGAAAAGUACCCUCCGACCGUGAAGCACGACCACGUCGAUCUGCUGGCCAGCCCCCAGGAGAUCGCGAAGCAAUUGAAGGCCCAGAAUGUCGAGGGCGAGUACCUCUUCUUCGCCGCGUACAUGGCGACCGAUAGCGAGCAGGGCAAUUCGGACACCAAUGGUGCCAUGCUCCAAAACUUCCUCGACGCCCUCGCCCUCAACGGCGUCAAGCUGAAGCGCGUGCUGCUCCCAACCGGCGGUAAGCAAUACGGCGUGCACCUGGGCCCCGUCAAGUGCCCCAUGGAGGAGAGCGACCCGUGGAUCGAGGGCCCCGGGCGCCCACCCAACUUCUACUACACGCAGCAGCGGAUCCUGGCGGCGGAGGGCAAGAAGCAGGGCUUCGACUGGGUGGUCACAUACCCGAACGACGUGGUGGGCGUGGCGCGCGGGAACUUCAUGAACCUCAGCACAGCGCUAGCCGUCUACGCCGCCGUCAACAAAGAGCUCACGGGCGAGCUGGAGUUCCCCGGCGCCGAGAGCUUCUACAACCGCUUCGACUCGUUCACGUACAACAAGCUGCACGCCGAGUUCAGCCUGUGGGCCAUCCUGGAGCCCAAGUGCUCCAACCAGGGCUUCAACGUCAACAAUGGCGAUGUCGAGUCCUGGGCCAACAUGUGGCCGAAGCUGGCCAAGAAGUUCGGCUUGAAGAUUCCGAGUAAGCAGUUCGACAGACCGACUCCGGACCAGAGCAUCUUGAAGCUGGCUGAGGUGACGCCGUACGAGGACGUAGCGAGCACCAACGGGAUGGAGGGCAAAACGCCACGGGGCACAGUCACGCAGCGGAUCGACCUGGUGAAGUGGAGUCAGAAGAAAGAGGUCAAGGAGGCGUGGAACAAGCUCGCGGAGCGCGACGGCCUCGAGAAGGACGUCCUGGAGAAGGCGACAUGGGGAUUCCUGGGUUUCGUCUUGGGCCGCAACUACGAUGUCGUGAUGAGUAUGUCAAAGGCCCGGAAGUAUGGAUGGACGGGAUAUAUCGAUUCUUGGGAGUCCUUGGAGGCCUCGUUUGAUGAGUUGGCUAAGGAGAAGAUGAUACCGAAGUUUGCGUAG